CGUUGUUUGAACGAUUACUAAACCAACAACAUGGACACUUUAGGCACAGAAAUUGGUCAAAAAAUGAGGAGUGCCGUAAAGGCAAAGUUAAUCGAACUUGGCACCGGUUCCGCAACCGGGUACAUCGACGACGAGCUGCCGGAUUACGUGAUGAUCAUGGUGGCAAACAAACGCUCCCGGCAGCAGAUGGUCGACGAUUUGUCACUGUUUCUCGGUGCACAGACGGAGAUUUUCGUAAACUGGUUGCAUCAGGUGCUGCAAAAGCUACAGGAAGUGACACUGCCAGCUUCCACCGCAACCAAAACGAAAGAAACCAUCAAAAGGAAAUCGUCCGAGGUAGAGGACAAAAAGAAGGAGAAGAAACGUAAAGAUAAGAAAACGAAGCGAAGAGAUCGAAGCACUGAUGGGGAGGAAGCGGCCGAUCUCUCCAAUCGCAUUAGCGGUACGGAGGAUACUACACCUCCGAGACCGGCCGUUGCACUACCAGCAGGCUCCAUAACAGAAGUAUUCGCCCAUCAAUAUAUAGAAAAGGCCAAAAAGUCGCUCGAAUCCGAUGGAUUGCCGGUGGCGAAGAAAGCAUCCGGCGAACGAUCUGAGUCGCAGGAUCGUAGCAAGCAAUCAAAGAGCAAAACACCACCAAUAGCAACCAGCAGCAGGGAAGCUUCCAAUAGCAGCAUGCCUUCGAUAGCCGACCUUGCCAGUGCGAGCGUUGUCCAGAAGCACCACAAGGAGCUGUGUGAGCUGAAGGAAAUUGAAGAAAGAAUCAGUGCAGCCAAGCGCCACCUAAAGUCGCUCGGUACGGACAUUUCCGAUGAGGAUAGUGAGGAUUUGCUGCUCCUGAAGGCAAAUGAGGAUGAUUUGCUUCCACCAAGACGCGCUCGGUCGAAGGAACAAACGACGGCACGAAGUACCAGUAGCGCCAGUAAACCGCCAGAAAGCACAGUAAGUAAACAAAGGCAACGAAUAACGAUGGGUCCGGCCGAGGAGCCGUCCAAGCAAGCUCCACCAGCACGAAGCACCACACCGCCAGCUUCCUCUUCAUGGUCUACGGACUCACAACAAGCUACUAAUGCUAAGAAACGGUCAGUUUUAGAUCGCCUAGGAAGCAAACAUUCCUCCACGUCAGCCGAGCGAGAGAAAUCUGUAAAUUUAGAGAGCAGAAGAAGCACACGAGACCAACCUACCACGAAGGAUGCAAGCAAAGCAGGUGAUACCUUCAACUCGAGUGGAACCGGAACGAAGAGUACCAUCAUCAGCCUGUCAGCACACAGACGAGAGGAGCGAGAGAUUUAUGUGCCCCUUUUUCGGCGCAAGGAAGCCGCAACACAGGAGCAGCCAACAACGGUAGCAGCAACAGCAGUGGCUACAGCAGCAGCAAAAAACAGGACACGACUACUAGACAACACUACCUUAAGGGGAGACAACCGUCACAGGGAAAGAAGCCGUGAACGAAACAACCCUGAGACAAGAUCGCCCAUCUCACGCUUACCACCUAAUCAUGCACGCACCGACAGCAACAUACGGGCACGAUCUCGUGAAAGUAAUUUUCGUCGGCUAGAGCGUGACCGUUUACCGGACCGAAUCGAUCGUAUUGAUGACCAACAGUCGAUGGGACGCAAAUCACGCCCCCGGGAACGAUCGCGCAGUCGCGAAUGGAUUCGGGACAGCAGCAACAGGGAACGGUCCGGAUCUGGGGGAGCGCACGCAAAAAACGGUACAGACACAGUCCGUGGACGUAUAGGUUCGCGGGUAAUCGUACUGCCACCGAAACCGGAGUACAACGAAGACGUCAUCGAGGUGCCGGUUGCUAGUGUCAUUAAGAUACAGCCAAGGCCCGUGGUGCCGAAGGCGAAGCAACCGAGCAAAAAUCUGCUACUGAAAGCAAUGGCCGAAGCGCAACGGUCAACGGUAGCGAAUCUUAAGAAAACGAUCAAUAACACAGUGGAUAGCAACAUCAACAGUAUGCAUCGCGGAGAGCUGAAGCGUAAGCUUGUGAUUGAAAUUCCCGGUGCACAGGCAAGUAGUUUUAUGCCUGUGGACGUACAGUACGAACGCUUGCAGGAUACUCAUUACGCGCUGAACGAAGGAAUUACGUUUCAUGGAUUAAGAGAGGAGCCGGACCAUGAACAUCUACACGAGGAGGAGGAGGAUGAAGAGGUUCACGAGGUAGACAUAGCUCAUCAGGUAUUGAUGGAUGAUUGUGAUGUAGAUGAAGAAUUUAAAGAAAUACUCCAGAACGAAUAUGUACCGAAGAAAUCCGUCUCCCAAGACUAUGAAACGGAGCAGAGGGAAAUGACAGAAGACGAUCCAGUGGCAGCAUGUGUGGAACAGCAAGUACCUACAGUCGAAAGCAAGGAUACAAAGUUUGUCGUUACUUUAGACGGAGCCUUCAAACCGUCGGUAGUUGAUAGAGAAGUAUCGCCAAGUCACACGCCACCACCACUACCACCAGCAGCAGCAGCAGCAACCUCAACCAUAUCCACGGAACAACCCAAAGGAAGAAUGUCCGUUAAGGAUCGCAUUGGAUUUAAAGCUGCAGCUCGGGAACCGACCGCACGGUCUCCGCCGAAUCGAAAAGAUUCCAAAGAGAUGGAAGAAACGCUCAAGAAACGUAAAGAACGAUUUAGCGAAAAGCUAGUCGUAGCACCAUCAACGGUCACAGCGAAGAAAGCUUCCUCACCGAUUGCUCCCUCAAACGCCACUUCCUCCUCAAGAUCAUCACAGCGAUCGUCACCGAAAGCAUCAAAAACACGUUCCACGCAAAACCGUUCAUCGUCGUCAUCGCGCCGUCGUACUUCGCCCUCGCCUAGCCCAGAGCGAACAUCACGGCCAAAAAAUACCUCUCCGAACCGUACAAAACGUGUCGAAUCGUCGCGCAACGUUUCCGCCUCACCGAAUCAGCUUAACGAGCUGUUGCUGCAACGUACCAAGGAGCUGAUGGAUGACAGCGUUUCGUCGUCGCCGAUCUAUAUGUCCAAGUCUGAUUACGACAAGAUGGAACCAUCGUCUCGCAAGCGAAAGCGAGUUUCACCGAUUCAGUUCGAUUUGACCGAUGAGGACGAACGGCACGACAGUGACGACGAUUACCAUCAUCAUCGGAGCGAGCGUAGAGCGCGCAGCCGAGAGGAACAUCGUGCCCAGCGCAGCCCGUCACCGGACAGUGAUGAACGAUCCGCGUCGAGAAAGGAUUCGCGCCGCGAGUGGGAACGGGAAGGGGAAGGACGGGUGGAACGGGAGUCGGAACGGGCAAAGUCACCGGGGAGGAAGUUUAAGAAGCUUGAAUCCAGCCGCAAGUUCGACGAUAUUCCACCAUUACUCAGCACCGUUUCUUUAACCGGCACGGAAAGCAAAACAAGCAAGCUGGCCAGCGUUGCCGGUGGUACGCUAAAAGAACGCUGCAAAUAUUUCCCCAACUGUCGGCAGCGAGAUGCCUGCGAGUUUCUCCAUCCAUCCACACCGUGCAAAGCGUUUCCAAACUGCAAAUUUGGCGACAAGUGCCUCUAUCUUCAUCCGAUGUGUAAAUAUGAUCAAACCUGCCACCGGUUGGAUUGUAACUUUAUGCACUCGAAAAGUGCAUCAACGGUUGCGACAUCGAGCGGUUUAUCGGCACCACCAUUAGCUUCAUCCGUCGUUCCGGUGCAAAACUACAAGACGAUUAGCGCGAAACCGUUGCCGCCUGUCUGCAAGUUCUAUCCGCACUGCGUCAACAGUCAGUGCCAGUACCUUCAUCCGAAGAUGUGCCACUUUGGCAAGCAUUGCGCAAACAAGAUUGAGUGUAACUUCUAUCACUACGAUGGUGUGUCGAAGGAUCUGCACGAUGCAUCGUCCAAGGACAAAUUUCGAUGGAUCUCUCCGUUCUCUGCUUGAGCGA